AUGGCCAGAAAGCCGUUGAAAGGAAAAGAUCCAAGUUCACUGAUAUGGCAUACACCCGAGGGCAUAAAUAUCAAGCCAUUGUACCUUAAAGAAGAUAGACAGUGUGAUGUUGGGAAGCCCGACGAGAUGCCUGGUAGUUUUCCUUUCACGCGUGGGCCUUACCCAACGAUGUAUACUCAACGACCAUGGACCAUCAGACAGUACGCUGGUUUCUCCACUGUAAAAGAGUCAAACGCUUUCUACAAGGAAAACAUCAAAGCGGGGCAGCAAGGCCUCUCUGUAGCAUUUGAUCUCGCCACUCAUAGAGGGUAUGAUUCGGACAAUCCACGUGUGGUAGGUGAUGUUGGAAUGGCGGGAGUUGCUGUGGAUACAGUAGAAGAUAUGAAAGAAGUAUGGCUGAAACUAAUGUUUUUAGAUGUAAGACAGCUGAAUUUGGCUGUCCAUAUAGUUUAUUAUCAACAAGAACUAAAUCUGGUGUAUUAAAA